AUGUCCAAGAAGGCUCCCCUUUUCCUCGGUCUCACUGCCGCUGGCGGUGUCGGCUACUACCUCUACAGCGCUGGCGGAAACCCUACCGCCGCGGAGAAGAAGUUCGAGAGUGACGUUCACAAGGCAUCCGCCGAGGUCAAGUCUCACCUUCCCGGACGCACGCCCGACGCCCAGAACAAGGGCGCGCAAUUUGGUGCUAAGCUUGACGAGGCCGUCGCUGAGGCCGACAAGAAGUUCUCUGCCACUAAGAGCAACGUCGAGGCGUACGCCAAGGACGCAAAGGCCGAAGCCUUGAAGAAGGUCGACGCCUUUGACAAGACCGUCGAGACCGAAGCCGCCAAGGCCAAGAGCGGCAUCUCCAGCUGGUUCGGCGGCAAAUAA